AUGCUAAAAUAUCUGAAGAAUGUGAGAAUUCACAGUGGAGAGAAACCCUAUGAAUGUAAACUGUGUUGUAAAACAUUCAGGCAAUCCUGUAGUCUUUGGCAACAUGAAAGAAUUCACAAUGGAGAGAAACCCUAUGAAUGUAAACAAUGUAGUAAAACAUUCAGUUAUUCCAUUCAUCUUCAGAGACAUGAAAGAAUUCACAGUGGAGAGAAACCCUAUGAAUGUAAACAAUGUAGUAAAACAUUCAGUUUUUCCAGUAGUCUUCAGAGACAUGAAAGAAUUCACAGUGGAGAGAAACCCUAUGAAUGUAAACAAUAUAGUAGAGCAUUCAGUUGUUCCAGUUAUCUUCGGACACAUGAAAGAAUUCACAGUGGAGAGAAACCCUAUGAAUGUAAACAGUGUAGUAAAACAUUCAGUCGUUCCAGUUAUCUUCAGACUCAUGAAAGAAUUCACAGUGGAGAGAAACCUUAUGAAUGUAAACAAUGUAGUAAAGCAUUCAGUGUUCCAAUUAUCUUCGGACACAUGAAAGAAUUCACAGUGGAGAGAAACCCUAUGAAUGUAAACAGUGUAGUAAAACAUUCAGUCGUUCCAGUUAUCUUCGGACUCAUGAAAGAAUUCACAGUGGAGAGAAACCUUAUGAAUGUAAACAAUGUAGUAAAGCAUUCAGUUGUUCCAGUUAUCUUCGGACACAUGAAAGAAUUCACAGUGGAGAGAAACCCUAUGAAUGUAAAUAUUGUAGUAAAACAUUUAGUUUUUCCAGUAGUCUUCAGAGACAUGAAAGAAUUCACAGUGGAGAGAAACCCUAUGACUGUAAAUAUUGUAGUAAAACAUUUAGUUUUUCUAGUGUUCUUCGGACCCAUGAAAUAA